ACUGCAGUUGUGUGUGCUCGUGGCGUCUGUUGGUCCGGGGUGAUAACUGAACGGUCGAAAGUUUCAUCUCCGCCUUCUUAAGAUUCAACUAAACAUGCAGUCCAUCUUCUACAUAUAGUAGUCUUAUCAUCUCAAUGCUGGAACUGCCUAAUCUGACCUCUUCACCUUAGUUCUUUAUUUCUGACAAUUUUAAUGUGAUUGAAAAUGAAUUUUGGACUGUUAUUAAUGAUUAGGAGAAUUUUAUAGCAAGCUAUAAUAAUAUUUUAUAAUAAUUAGAAUUCAGCAUUAUUAAAAAACAAACAUUAAACAAAAUACAAUAGCAGUUUCUUAAACAACUUCAAAAGUAAAUUGAAGCCACUUUUCCUUUAGUUAACGUACAUAUAUUGGUCAAAUACAAUAUGCUCUCUACCAAAUUUGGGUUGUUGACUGCAGAGAAGAUAGAUGAUGAUGAUGGUGAAUGGAAUUUAAAGGAUUUGUUGGCAGAGAGAGAGGGUUUGAAGGUUGUGCUCGAUGAGAAGGAGACCUGCAUUGAGUUGUUGCAACAGAAGUUACAAACAGCUAAGCAGACUGUCUCAUCCAUGCAACUGCACAAUCAACAGCUGCAAGAAGCAGACGACUUGAAUGAGAUGGAAAGAUUGACUGAGCAGGAAAUUGUAAAGAAGAAAAUGACUGACCUUGAACUUGAAUUAAAAAGAUGGAAACAAAAAAUGGAGAUGUGUGUUGCUGAAAAGAAAAAAAUGGAAGAGAUUGUUGAUGAUGUGAGAAAACUUGCCAAAGAGCAAACCGAUGUGAUAGGAAAGUUGAAGGGCGACUUGAGGGAAUCAACGUUAAAGGAGUUGAAACUCGAGAAAGCAUGUGAUGACGUUGAAAGAGACAACGUGCAACUGCAACAGCAAGUCAACUCGCUCAUGAAGUCUCUGCAACACUGCGACAUCGUUGAUCUGCAAAACAAGAAACUCCUCUCCAAAAAUCAACAACUUUCAUACGAGUUGAAGCAAGCAGAAGAACAGAAGGGCAACAUGGAGUCAACGUUGAAAUCAACAAUUGAGAUGUUGAACGAGGAGAGGUCGAUGCGCCUGUCGUACAAGAGAGAGUUGGAUGCUCUCCAAGUAAUUGGAAUGAAUGGAGGUGGAGGUUCAUUUCUCAAUCAGUCCAUCCUUUAUUCAUCCAUCUAUCAAUCCAUCCAUCAAGAUUGCUCCUUUGAUAACAUGACGAUAUUACUGGAUGGUCUGCAUGAUGAUGACGAGGAGGAGGAGGAGGAUUUUGGCGAGGGCGAGCCAGAGCAGAUGGAAAGUGAGGCUGAUGGCAACAUUAAUGUGGAUGACCUCAACAGCAGCAAAAUGAUGAGGAGUAUGAAGGAUGACCUGCUGAGCGAGCUGAUGAGGAGUUGCGACGACUACCUCGUCAACAUGAAUGCCCUGCAAAGCGAAAAUGAAAUGUUGAGAAGCGCCAUCGGAGAUCUGCAGCUUCAGAUCUUUCCAAAAACAAUGAACAAGGACGACGACAACGACGUAAGAGAAGUGACCACAUCAACAACAUCCACAGCCACACAGACGACAACAUCAUCAUUCUCAGAUUCAUGCACCCAAACAACAGUCUCAACGAACAUAAAAAAGUUGAAUGUUGCCAACUUGUUGAGAAGGUUGCAGAGAGAAUUGUUGGAGGUGUUGAAGGCAGCGAGAUCAACCUACAUGACAAUUUGCAACUGCGCUUCUGAGAGAGCCAACUCGAAAGCUCUUCUACGCGUUGAGGAAUGUUUGAAGGAAAUGUCGAGUGGAGUGGUGGAAUGCCACAGGGAGCUUUGUGGUGGUGGCGGGGGUGGACGUUUCCGUGGUGAAGAUGUUGACGAAGACGGUGACGAAGACGCUGGUGAAGAUGGUGGUGAAGAGUGGAAGAGGAAGUUACUGAUCAGCUGUCUAGAUGUCGUCGGUUCAACUAAUGAUUUGUUGAGCUAUUCAGUCAGAGUUGUGGACAGGACGGCUGAUGCUAAGUUUAAUGGCCAAACACAGCAACAUCAUCAACUGCAACAACAUCAGCAACAACAACAUCGUCAUCAACAACAUCAACAACAACAUCAUCAUCAACAACAUCAACAACAACAACAUCUGCAUGAUCAGGUCCUUGGCAUGCAAACAUUGUUAGCUGCUAAAACUGAACAGCUUGUUAUAUUAAGACAGAUGAUAUCAUCCAAUAAAUCGAUGUAUGAAGAGAGUCUGACGAAGCUGACAAGGCACCACGAUGAAGAGAUGAAGAUGAAAAAGAUGAUGAUGACCAAAUUGAAGGAUGAGUUGGAUGAAGUGAUGAUGAAGAACGCCGCUAUGACGUCAUCAGAAAACAUCAUCAACAGGAAGUGUGAAGCUGUCCAAGAUGAAGUUCAUGACCUCAACGAAAGGUUAUCCUCUUCGGAACUGGAGCGCAGGACUUUGAACAGCCUGCUGAGACUGGCCAUCCAACACAAGCUCGUCCUACUCAACAAACUGAAACAGCACGGCAUACCAAUCAAUCUUUACGAUUGCCCUGACAACCACCAGCCAGGCCAAUCGGAAGGAGCCAACUCAUCAACAUCUUCCAUCUACCAACCAAUCAAAUCUUUCCAUCAUCAUCCCAUGCAGGCUUCAGCAGACAUCGGCAAUACUGUUCUUAUCAUAAUGUUAAUUUUCCGAUGGGGCACGAAUAAAGUUAUAACGCAUCGUUCCAGUGGUUUCACGCCAGCCAACCGCCUACGUUCCGAUUCCAAUCUAUCUUUUUGA